AUGGUUAAUAAAUUGGCCUUUGAGGUCUGGCGUCCCUCUUCGAAUGGAGGUUUUUAUGAAUGGAAAAAGAUUAAAUCAGAGGCAAUCAAAGUCGGUGAUAUAGUCCUCUGCCACGAAGAAGACUCUUUUCCUUGCGACCUAGUGAUUCUGUCAUCUAGCGACAAAAGAGGAACAGUUCACAUUACCACAGACAAUUUGGAUGGAGAGUCCUCUGUUAAAACUAUGCACUCCGUAACGUCAACUCAGUCCGAAUUUAAGUUAUUAAUGUCAUUGGAAAACGGCUCUUCUGAAAACAUAAAGUUACGGCCGGCAACAAUUGUUUGUCAGAGUCCUACGGGAGAUCUCCAUUCCUUUGAAGGCCGCUGUGAAUAUGAUGAAUCCUCCGUCGCGUUAGGCAUUGAAAAUAUAGCUCUGCGUGGAGCAGUAUUACGUCAACCAAAUUUAAUUCUGGGUGUUGCCGUUUACACAGGCUAUGACACAAAGUUAUCAUUGAAUUCUAAAAACGGUAGACGGAAAAUUUCUUCCACGGCUGCCCGACUUAAUGCGAUUUUAUUUGCUUUUAUGAUUACUCUGUUUGUAUUGACCGUCAUAUACACAGGACUUCAAUUUGCGUGGAGGGCAACUCCUGCGGGAUCUGGCUGGUAUCUGAAUUAUCGUCCGAUCACUGCAUGGAAGGUUGUACAGGAAGCCUUUAAUCUCACAUUCUUAUUUAACUACUUAAUUCCUAUUUCAAUAAUCCUUACAUUGGACGUUCUGGAUGUGUUUCUGGCCAUCUAUAUUUCCAAAGAUAUUCAACUAUAUGACGAAUCAACCAAUAUUAAAAGUGAAGUAAAUGCAACAAGCUUAGCCUAUGAGCUCGGUCAAAUUGAGUUCCUCUUCAGUGACAAAACGGGUACACUUACUCAGAAUAAAAUGCAGUUUCGAGCCUUUUCUCUGCCCGGCGAUCCAAAUACCUACAUUUUAAGGGAUAGAGGACUGUAUUCUCUGAAAGAUGGAAUAAAAUUUUGGAAUCAGUUCAAUGGACAUGCGAAUCGGCCCACGUGUGUUGCAGAAAAACAAAAUGAAUAUUUUUCAUCAUCAUCAGAAGAUGAAGCAUUUAAUGACAGUUUUGAUAACUCAGAAAUGCAAUACGAUCGUUUUGAUCGGUUUGUUCCAUCACAAGUGAACACUCUAACAGACAAAGCUUUAAAAUUUUGCACGGCGGCCGCUUUGUGUCACACCGUGGAAGUGCGUUCACGCCCCGACAAAUUGGAUCAUAAGCCACCCAUUUAUUGCGUAAGUUAA